CCACUUAAACUAGUUAGUAUUGUUUUCAUAUCUGCCAUCCAUCAUGCCACCUUCACUAUACCAAUGAAAUGAAACAAAAAUGACUUUUCUUAAGGCGUACAAUAAGUGAACACGAAAUUAAAAUUUUUAAAGAUAUACUAUCUUUUCAAAAAUAACCAUGGCGGCACGUGGGGAAAGAGGUGUUAGAAGAGUGCUGGAUAAACUAGCAGCAUCCGUAAAUUCUGGUCAAUACUAUGAAGCUCAUCAAAUGUAUAGGACGCUUUAUUUCAGGUACCUAAGUCAGAAGAAAUACGCGGAUCUGUUAAACUUGCUUCAUGAAGGUGCAACAUUACUCUUGCAACGUGACCAGCAAGGUAGCGGUGCAGACCUAGCUAUAUUGCUUUUGGACGUUUUGACAAAAUCAGAAACACAGCCAUGUGAAGAAUGGAUUGAGAAAGUAGCUAAUAUAUUUGAAAUCAUGAGUCCAACCAUCCCGGAGCGUGAAACGUUCUUGACUAAUGCAGUGAAGUGGUCAAUGGACAGCAAUAAAAAGGGCCAUCCGUUACUACACAAGAAAAUUGCUGAAGUAUAUUGGAGAGAGAAGAAAUACACUGCUGCACACAGGCAUUUCCUACACUCCAGCGAUGGAUCGGCAUAUGCAACCAUGCUCAUUGAGCUGCAUACUACCAAAGGCCUUAAGUCAGAAAUAGACUUGUUUAUAGCACAAGCAGUGUUGCAGUUUCUCUGUCUACGGAACAUACAAAUGGCAACUGAGACUUUCAACAAAUACACUGGAUCACACCCAACCAUAAAGAAUGACAGAGGCCCACCAUAUUUAUUUCCUUUACUCAAUUUUCUUUGGUUUCUUCUACGUGCAAUUGAACAGAAACAUGCAAUUCAAUUUAAGAUAUUAAGGAACUGGUAUGCAAUUAGUAUAAAGCGUGAUCCAAACUAUUCAGUGUAUUUGGAUAAUAUUGGACGCAUCUGGUUUGGAAUAGAGAUUCCCCAUGACCCUAAAAAUGCCAACUCAAUGUUUGGUGGGCUCCUAAAAUCAAUUAUUGGUGAAGCGGCAGACAGUUCUGAUGAAGAAGAGUACAUGGGCCACAAUGCUUCAGCUCCGGACCUAGAUUGAAAAAAUGUAUGACAAAUAGAAGGAUAGGAUUAUGUUUGUAUAAAUAACAUAUCAGCGUUUAAGCUGUGUCCAUAACAAUUGAACAUCUAUUUAUAUUACAACCAUGUAAUAAGUAGUAGGUACUUACAUUGAUAUAAGGAAAUCAGUACCUUUAACAGUCUAACUCGACAGUUUACAUUUUGGCAGAAAAUUUAAUUAAUUCUUUUAUGUAGACUGUUUUAAUGAAUUCAUAACUCUUCCAUUAACAUCAUUAUAAGUAAUUCAAUGUUUUACGAUGUUAUAUUACUGAUAUUUCCAGUAACCAAUGGAUUUUUAUUUACAAUAUUGUGGGUACUACUAAGUUAUAGCCACUACAUUCGGAAAUUUGUAAUUAUUGUUAGCAAAUAGGGUGGACAGAAUAAUAAAACGUAUUAAUUUGAAUAA